AUGAUCUCCCCCGAGACCUCCGCCGCCGCCGACAUGGCCGAGGACACGGCUGCGGCAUGGGCUGACCUGCCCACGCCUGAGCGGCUGCCGGUCCGCACGAUGCUCGAGGAGUUCGAGACGGUGAAUGUCCUGGCGCCGCUGGUACGCUGCUCGAAACUACCCUUCCGCCACCUCGUGUCGCUGUACGAGACACAUAUCACGCACACGCCCAUGAUCCUCGCGGAGGAGUUCAGCCGGAGCCAGCAAGCGCGCGUGAGCGACCUGAGCACGAGCUCAGACGAGCGCGGUGUGUUCUGGAUGGAGCCGCGGCGGCACCCACCACGAGUCGAGCCAGGCGCUCUGGGCGCCCUUGAGGCGCUACGUAUCUCUGACGAGCGUGACGCCGACGACCCCCGUCCCCCGUCCUAUCCUCCACCAACAACAGUCCGCGUGACCAAGACGCUUCACGAUACCCGCCCCACCUCUCGCCUCCCACCCACCCCCACCCCACCAACCCAAAAUUCGCGUCUGGUUCGCGGCGCCCUCCUCGCCCAAAUGGCGUCACCAAAUGGUCCCAGUCUAGCCGACGCCGCCGAGCUCAUCGCCCCCCACAUCGACGGACUCGAUAUCAACUGCGGGUGUCCGCAGCGCUGGGCAUAUGCUGAGGGUAUCGGGUGCGCCCUGCUGCGUAAGCCCGAACUCGUGGCGGAUAUGGUGAGAUGCGUCCACGACCGUAUGGGGUGGGAGUGGCCGGUCAGUAUCAAGAUCCGUGUCGAUCCCGACUUGCGACGAACGGAACAGCUCGUCCGCACUGCCCUCGCGGCGGGCGUGAGCCAUAUCACCGUACAUGGCCGGACACGGCAUCAGGCUUCCACCGACCCCGUAAGCUUGGACAAGCUCGCGUUUGCGGUCGAGUGUGUCAGGGGCGAGGUGCCGACUGUCGCCAACGGCGAUCUCUGGGACCUGGAGGAUGCACACAAGAUGAGGAGAGAGUGCGGCGUGCACGGCGUCAUGGCCGCGCGUGGACUGUUAGCAAACCCGGCUCUGUUCGCAGGAUACGACCGGACACCCGUACAUGCCGUCGAGAACUUUGUCAACCUCGGCCUCGACUAUGGCUUCAUCUUCUCCCUCUUCCACCGCCAUCUCGCGUACAUGCUCGAGAGCCACUUUGUCAAGCCUGAGAAGACGUACUUCAACGCCCUGUCCUCGUCCGUCCAGGUCGUCGAGUACCUCCAGACGCGGGGGUUAGACUUUGGCGCGCGGCGCAAGGUGCCCAUGUGGGAUGCGCGGCGAGGGUAUUCUCUGUUGUGA